AGCUUAUUGUCAAACCAAGUAUAUGUCGAGAAUUUCAAAUUAUUUUUAUAUAAACUUUUAGAGGGUAGUUUUUAUAUAAUAAGUGUUUUUAGCUUGUGUUAGUUAAAAGUUUACCUACAUGAUACAAAAAAUAUGAUUACUGAUACUAGUUUAAUAAACAGUGAAAAGUGAUAUUAACAUAAGUAGUGUUACUGAUAUUUAAAAUGUUAAAAAACUAAUAAAAAAUGGCGUUUUCUUUACGUAAAAUGCUAACAAACAUUAGUUACUUCAAAAAAAUUGAAAACGAAAGUGUAAACACAGAAAAACAAAACACCUACGAUGAAAUGGACCUUAACGAUUACCAGACCACGGAACCUGAUUCAACAAUCCGUCAAUGCUCUAGUCUGAAUAUUCCUGAUUCCGUAAAAAUAUUCAACGCUAAAAAAACCUCACUAUCAGACACAGAUCUUACCCUAAAUGUUAAUAAUCCUAUCAGGCACAAACACAAAAGAUGUAAAAAAUUAAAACUAGACAUCAAUAAAGCAAGUCAAUCGUUAAGUGAAAAAUUAAACCAAGAAGAAAGCUGCGAUUCGAACGUUGAAAACACACCUAAACAUAUCCUCCUUGAGUGUGCUACAUCCGAAUUCACUAAUAAACUAAAAGGUUUCGAUUUUAACAAGGAAUUUGAUAUUUACGAUGGCACAUCUGACGACCAAUGGUCAAAUCCUUUCGAAGAAGAGAAUAUCGAUAUUGAAUCAUUCUCCGAUCAUUCAGACAGUGAUAUAUCUAUCGGUAAUCAAAAGAAAUCCAUCAAAAUGUGUCGUAAAGUACAAUCGAUGGAGAGCGGAUCAUCCAGCGAUGAGAUCCAACAUCCACCGACCUCUCCUGAGUCAUUUGGUGAUAUCGAAACAGAUAAAAAUGAAAUAGAAAGAAUAAAACUGCUAUACAAUUAUCAAAAUAAACUAGAAAAGGUUGAAAAUCUAUUAAAAGACAUGCUAAAUGAAUUCCAAUUUCAUAUACAGGUUUCUAAAAUCUUUAAUCGAACUUUACCUGACACUGAUCCUGGUAACCCCGAGAUAAGAAAACCCAGUCCGACUGACUCGUGGAGUGUUAUUAUGGAAGAAGACGGCAACACUAAAGUAUCAGUAAAAAAACAAUUAGAAUCAAUCAAAUAUUCAAUAGAACAAUUCAUAAACAUAUAUCUAAAAGAUUACGAGAAAGAUACGAGAAUUAAAAAAUGUAGAAAAUAUACACCACGUAAUAAGGGUAAACAGAGAUGUGUUAAUAAGAAAAAGAUGAAAUAUUACGAUUUCCCCGAUUUAAGAGAAGCUAUGAUUAAUUUAUUCUCGCCGGAGUUAAAUGAAACAAAUUCAAGUGAUUCCGAUGACUCUCUAUCUUCUAAAUGUAGCUGUUCCUGUCACGAAACAUCUUCGCACACAGAUUCAGGUUUAAUUAGUAAAAAUAAUGAUAGAUCAAACCAAUCAAUUACAUCGUCUCUCGGUAACUUCAGUUUAGAGACAUCUACUUUAACGACAUACUCAGAGUCAUUAGAUCAAAUAAUAAGUUACAAUAGCUUCGAAGAUAGUGUAUACAAUACAUUUAUACAAAAAACAGCAGUCGAACGCAUCACAUUCUACAUCCAAGUACAUAAUAUACAAUUAAAAUGUGAUCUUAACGAUGAUAAUGAAACGAAAACAUUAAUUUUUUUUUGUCAAUCUUGCAAAUCAACUGAAUAUAAUGAAAAUGAUUUAUUAAAACAUAUAUUGGGUCAAAAUCAUUGUGAAAAAAUACACUUUCAGUAUAAAACUGCUUAUAUUAAAAAAUGCAUGGCCGAAGGUAAGGAAAUACAACCGAGUACAGUUUUAAACCCAAUGAAAAUGUAUCGAGAUGAUAAUAAAAUUGUAUGCUUCGGGAAUGCUGUCUACGCUUGCUCUUUAUGUUUUGAAAAUGAUAUUAUUGGUGAAUCUGUGUUAAUGACACAUUGUGCGGAGAAAUAUCACAUUGAAAAACGAGAGAAACUCAAUGAGAUUAUAGAUUAAACGCAUGCAUGCAUGCACAUGCUAAUGCAUAUCAAAAAAUACUAAAAAAGGUUUAUUUUGCAUACAUUUUUUUCAAACUAUAAGAUUUUUUGACAAUUUUUUUAAAGC